ACAUCUUAAAGAAAUAAAGGGAAGACAAAUGGAGUACUUGAAGAAAAACACAAACACAAACAAUGCCAAGGUUGCGCUCCCAUCCCAAGUGGAUAGGACUGCUGACAAUGGCAAGAACUCCGCCCGCAAAAUGAGAGGAACAUUUAAAGCCAAAAGGAGGAUAUGUAUAUGGGAAAAAGGGCUGGGGCAGCUGUUGUUGUUUUGCUGUAAAUAGAUCUAAGAGGCAAAGAGAACUCCCUAAAGCUCCAGUCAACUGAAUGCUGAUUAUAAUCUGUCUGACAUGAUUGAAAACUGUCCCCAUCUCUUACUCCCCUCCCUUCUGCUCCUCUCUGUCUCUCUCUCCGGCUCUACUAUCACUCCCUCCAUCCCUCUCCCUCUCUCUCGCUUUCUCUAUUUCAAUUUCUCCUAUCGGUGCAUGGUGAUCCGGUGAGUAACAGUGUAUGAAGUAGCCCGUUGCCAUGGCGUCAGAUGCCAGCCACAUGCUGGAGGCAGCCUUGGAGCAAAUGGAUGACAUUAUCGCUGGAGGGUUCUGCGAGGCCUUCUUGAAGUUUGGGGCCCAGGGUUACCACUCCCAGGGUUCGAACUCUGCCCCCACCUUUGCCCUCACCUCAGCCAUUAACCCCAACAUCAGGGUGCUGCAGCUGGUAGAGGAUCUCAGGGUAGCCCUGGAGGGCCAGGUGGACCAGGAGGAGCAUGAGUCCAUGAGCAGACAGGUCCACAUGGACACAGCACACACCCUGUUAGAUUGGCUGGAGAAGGGAGGGGAUAAGUUACAGUGUAGAGUUUGAGGAAGAAAAUAGUCAAAGCUACAAUGGGCCAACAGAAUGGAGUAUAACAUAGAUUUCUAUAAGCAUGUUGCCUGGCUGAAAAAGGUUAGAGACUUUUUGAGGUUUCACUUUCAUGCUUUUCCCUGCUUAUAUAUCUGUACUGCAUCUGUAUAGAGGAAUCUGGUUAUUGUUAUUGUACACAGACAGGGAAAUCCCUUGCAUACUGGAGAUGCACAUGGAGAAAGACUUGUGUUGUGGAGUUGUUCAUUGUAACACAGUUGAUUGAUAGUACAGACUCAUCUGUUUUGACCGUAAACUGGAAAGUUCUGUGUCAU